CGGCAUGCAUUGCGCGGCGGCGGGCGCGCCGGGUGAGCCCUGGGGCGGAGGGCGCGGCUGCGGCUUCGGCUUCGGGGUUCUUGCGGUGGCUGCUGCGGGCUCUCCGGGGUGGUACUCGGCGAGGGCAAGAGGCUCAAGAUGUCGAGGAAUUUCUCUGACACAGGCAGCAGAAAAGAACAUGUCAAAGUCACAAGUGAGGCCAAACCGGGGUUCCUGGAGAGGCUCAGCGAGACUUCUGGAGGCAUGUUGAUAGGACUUGUGACAUUUCUUCUGUCUUUCUACGUUCUUUUUACCAAUGAAGGGCGAGCUUUAAGGACAGCCAAAUCUCUUGAUGAGGGACUUUCUCUUGUGAUCCCUCUUGAUAACAUCCACAGUGUGUCUCAGCAGAAUGAAGGGAGAUUGGUGCACUUAGCUGGCGCUUUGAGUACGUCUAAGCCUUUGUUUGAUCCCAGCUAUGGCGUCUCCAUCCAGGCUGUCAAACUUAAGCGUAAUGUGGAAAUGUACCAAUGGGUAGAAUAUGAAGAGUCCACGGAACAUGAAGAGAAUGGUGAGAUUAAGAAAGAGACAAAGUAUUCAUACAAUACCGAAUGGAAAUCAGAAGUUGUGAACAGCAGGAACUUUGAUCGAGAAAUUGGACACAAAAACCCAAGUGCCAUGGCUGUGGAGUCUUUCACUGCUGUUUCUCCUAACGUCCAGGUUGGCAGCUUUGUUCUUUCCAAGGGUCUUGUGGAUAAAAUUGAUGACUUCAAGCAGUUGAGCUUGUCAAACCUUGAGGAUCCACAUGCUGAUGUUACCCGAGGAGGAGAUUACUUUUACCACAGCGAGAACCCCAGGCGUCCAGAAGUAGGAGACCUUCGUGUCUCGUUCUUCUACGCAGGUCUGAGUGGAGAUGACCCACAUUUGGGCUCUGCGGAUAAGGUGACUGUGAUUGCUCGCCAGCGAGGCGAUCAACUGGUUCCGUAUCACACCAAGUCUGGAGAUGUCCUGCAGAUCCUGUACCCCGGGGAUCUCUCCGCGGAGGAAGUGUUUCAGAAGGAGCACGAGAGUAACAGCAUGAAGACCUGGGCGCUCCGUGCCGCAGGCUGGCUGGCCAUGUUUGUGGGCAUCAGCCUGAUGACCCGGAUCUUUUACACUUUGGUGGACUGGUUUCCUGUGGUGAGAGAUCUGGUGAACAUCGGAUUAAAAGCGUUUGCCUUCUGCGUGGCCAGUUCGCUGUCCCUGCUGACCAUCUCGGUCGGCUGGCUCUUCCACCGCCCGCUCUGGGCUCUGCUCAUCGCGCUGCUCUCUGUGGUUCCAGUUGUGGUUGCAAAAUCUCGUGUUCCGCCAAAGAAGCAGCAGUGAGGAGGAGCGGUCGGGUUUUGCGCCGAAUCCUGGUUAGAAACUUGUCAAGCACAUUUCUGUCCCGGUUACCGCAGCGUGUACAGCGUAUCGCAGCAGCGUGCACCGAGCGCUGCGGAGGGGGCUUGAAUGCGGUUAUCGAUACAGGUUAUCCAUGAAAAAUCGGACUACAGGAUGCUGCUUGUAGGAUGUCGGUGACAUUGAUUUGGGAAAAAAGCAUUUUGGAGUGUCUGUAUUGAUUGUAAGUCAGUGAAUGAGCAGAUUUGUGCUUUUUACCACUUACUAACUCCCUUUGCUUUGAGCACUGGCAAGGCCUCACUGAGAGUUGAGGCACAUUGUGUAUUAUAAAGUGCCAUCGCGUGGGCCGUGAGUUCGUCUCCUUCGGGAAUCCACGUGUGUUCCUGACAAACCCUCCCACUGCUGCCUCUUUGUACGUGUACAGUCAUGGACGCUUCUUUGAUGCAUUUGGAAGUGUACGUGUUCAAAGGACAGACGCAAAUUAGUCGAAUUUCACACAGCAGUAAUGUCAAGUGGACUGAGGAUUUUCAAAGUGACUUGAAAUAACAAGGGGCCGGGCCAGCAGGGCAGAUUUGUCAGAAAUCAUUGAUUUUCUCCAGCUUUUUAAAAGUCUUUGAAGUUGUUCUUGGUUGAGCGUCUGAAGUGGUAGCAGGACUACACCACUGCAUAACUAUUUCAGACAUUUAACCUUGAAUUACACUUAUUUAAGGGGGUACUCAGUGGUCAUUGACCUUUAAAAAUAAAACCUGCUGCCUUGAAACAAAAUUAGCUUUUCUAUUUGAAUGUAUAUUCUUUAAAAUAUUUUUUUGCUGUGUGUACUGUUUGUUUCUUCGAUUUCACUUAGUAGGAUGAUGAACAUACUCCAUGAAAAUGAAAUGAUGAAAACAUUUUUGCUUGAUAUUUCAUAGACUGUAGUAGCUAAACGUUGAGCUUUGUAUCCUGCCGGCGGAACGCCGCCUUGGAGUGCUAUGAUGGCACGUGUUGAUGUAUUUCUGCUGUAACCAGUACUUGGCAUUACAGACUGUCUUGUUCUGGUUUUAAGUCUCUCCCCAUCUUGCUAGAAUGUUCUAUAUGUGCCCUCCCUACGCUACAGUGGUUUUGUUUUCUGUUAAUUUACACAAUUCAGUACAAAAAUCAUGUCAUUUAUGAAAUCCAGUCGUGACCAUCAGGAGAAAUGUGUUCCCUGCACCGAAGGAACUUGAACGUGCAUAGAAGUGUUUGUUACAAACUGUACCAAAGUAGAGACCUGAGUUAUAAACGUUUUGAGAAGUAGUAUGGGCUUCCUGCUGCCGCCCACCACCAGCUUUACACCUUGGAUUAAGAAUUGCACUGGAGAGACCAGCACUGCUGCCUCACCAGGGGUGCAGGACAUGAAUCAGCUUUACCACGUUAGAGAUGAAGGUACAAUUUUCUACGCAAGUGCUGAGCUUUUGUAUAUUUAAUAAAAUACAGUUUUCAAAA